AUGUCGGAUCAGAAGAAUGAGAAAGAGGACUUUGAGUAUGUCGUUUUGGUGGAGUUUGCCCACAAACACUUGGAUUUUCUGCUUCCAGAGUUAUUAUCCGUGUUGGAAAUGAAUGGAGUGAUCAUCCAACAACAUGACAAAGAAGAAGAAAAAGAAGAGGAUAUUGACGACAGUAAAUCUUAUUGUCACAUGCUACCACUCCCCAAUGAAGAACGAUAUCAUCAAGAAACCAAGGCAGCUCCACAGCGGGCAUUUGCCUUGCUGGCGUUUCCAUCGUCAUGGUAUCAUAAAGGCAACAGUCACGCACAACUACGGCCAGAGAAACAUACACAACCACCAGAGGAACGUCAGAAAGAUCCAGAACCAUCAAAAGAAGAGAAGGAUAAGGGUUCAUCGUCUACCAAAACUAUUGCAUCCUUUUUGUCUCGAUGUGUCUUGGUCCGAAGAGUGAUUGAACUCUGGGGCAAACCAGGAACAACCAUUCCAGAGAUGGCAGAAAACACCCAACAAUGGAUUAAAGACAAGACGUCUCUUGGAGCCACAAUCUACCACGAAAUUUGCCAUCCACCCACACAAAGUUGGAAACUCACCAUUCAAACUUUGGGAGCCAAAUACACGCGACAAGAACACGAUGACAUGAGAGCCAAUUUCGCAUUUUUGGAUUUCCCCGGAAAGGUUCAAAUGAAACAACCCGACCACGAAUUUAUACUCAUUCGGGAAAUGGAAUUGGAUACCCAGGGAAAUCCGCUCUAUCCACGACAUGGCCAAUUGCAACAGGAACACGACAAGUCACAACAUCAAACGACCAUUAUCCCACAACACGAUCAACGAUUGCCAUUGGCAUGUUACUUUGGACGUGUAUUGUGGGCACGCGACAAGAACUCGAUGGAACGGUACGAUUUGAAAAACAGAGUCUACCUGGGACCCACGUCCAUGGAUGCCGAAUUGAGCUUUGUCAUGGCCAAUCUGGGACAGGUACAAGAGGACAGUGUCGUGCUCGAUCCCUUUGUCGGCACGGGUUCCAUAUUGGUGUCGUGUGCCAUUCGGGGUGCCUACUGUGUGGGGACGGAUAUUGACAUUCGAGUGUUGCGGGGAAAAGAGGAAAACAUUUACAGCAACUUUCAGCAGUUCCAAUUGCCCCGGCCCGAGUUGAUUCGAAGUGACAAUGCCAUUUAUCAUCGACAUUUUCGAACGUCGGAACCAUGGGUAGAUACGAUUGUGACAGAUCCGCCGUAUGGAAUUCGAGCAGGUGCCCGUAAAUCAGGAUCGCGAUUGGACCAACCCCGUGUCAUUCCGGAGGAACAUCGACAUGACCAUAUCCCCCAAACAAAACCCUACUGCGUGGCUGAUGUCAUGGCUGACUUGCUAGACGUGGCGGCAAGAGCUCUGGUCAUGGGUGGACGGAUGGUCUAUGUCAUUCCCUCCUUUGCCAAAGAUUUCAAUCCGGACGAGGAUUUACCACAACACGAUUGCUUGACAGUGAUUCAUUUGUCCUUUCAACCAUUCACCCAGGAUCUAGGACGACGCAUGGUCACCAUGAAAAAGGUGCACGACUACGAUCCCAAGAUGAGAGAAACCUACCUAGCAAAAACAUGGAAGAAUGGGCCGGCUAGUGCUGAAAAGUGUGCCAAUAUUCGAGAAAAGCUUAUGGAGGCAGCAAAACUCAAGCCUGGCUACGAAGAAAAGUCCCGAGUUCGGAAGCAGAAAAGAAAAGAGCACAAGGAGCAAAAGAAAAAGGCCAAACUUGAGAUCAAUAAGCCACAAGACGGGCAAAAGUCGGAAGAAUAA